UACGUCGCGGCGCGAAUUAAAAAUUCAAACCAAAUCGAACCUUAGCGCCCCGUGAUAGUGUGUUCAAUAUUGUGAUUUAUCAAGUGAUCUGUUUUACAAUUAGUGAUGUACUUAAGUGGUUUUUGAGACGGAUCGUCGCAUGGAGCCUCAGAGCGUUUGGUGUUGAAAAAUGGUAAAACAUAUCAAGUAAACGCCCGCCUGGUAGACAAGACAGCAGUAAUUUAAAGAUGAGAUGGCGAGUGGCCGGCGGGAUGGGCGCGCCACUUGCCACUGCUGUCUUCCUCAUGCUGCCACUCUUCACAUCGCCCACCGGAGACAUAAGACACCACGGCACAUCACGAGCGCGCGGCUGGCGGGCAGGCGCUCAGCCGUCCGCAGAAGUGGCGGCUAACAACUCUGUCAGCAACAUCACAGCCCAGCUAGGAGGCACUACUUAUCUACACUGUCUUGUGGGACACCUUAGUGAAAGAGGGCAAGUGUCCUGGAUCAGAAAAAGGGACUGGCACAUUCUGAGCUCAGGGAAGUUCACGUACACCAACGACGAGAGGUUCCAGGUCCUACACGGAUAUGACGGCGAGGACUGGACUCUGCAAAUAAAGUUCGUGCAGAAAAGAGACAACGGCACCUAUGAAUGUCAGGUGUCAACACGAACUGGUAUCGUGUCUCAUUACGUGCGUCUCCAAAUCGUGGUGCCCGAAGCCUUCAUACUUGGCUCAGGGGAGCACCAUGUGGAUAUGGGCAGCGUCAUACAUCUUAUAUGCAUCGUUGAGAAGAGUCCAACACCCCCUCAAUACGUGUUCUGGUACCACAACGACCGCAUGAUCAACUACGACGCGACCCGCGGCGGCAUCACAGUGGAAACGGAGCCAGGUGCACGCACGCAGAGCCGGCUGACUGUGCGCGACGCGACGCUCAAGGAUUCCGGGAAUUACACGUGCAGCGCGAGCAAUACUGAGCCCGCUAGUAUACACGUUUUCGUGUCGGAGGGCAGCAACAAAAUGGCGGCGAUCCUCCGGCGGAACGAGAGCGCCAUCACAGGCAUCACGUCAAGCGUGACGUGUCUGCUGCUGCUGGCUUCUGUACUGCUGCAGUGCGGCCUGCGAUGACGGAGCGAGUAGGGAGACAGUGUUAUUUAGGUUAGAAACGUUAUGGAGUAAGGUUAGGUUAGAAACGUCAUAGGUUUAGUUAGACAAAAUUCUUGACAGAUGCAAACCAUUCCACUGUUCAGCUCGACUCUUACAGAUACUCCUAACUCGGGACUAAAAUCGGGACUUAAUCCUCACCCUCCUUUGAAAUAAG